AAAGUGCAAGAGUUUGUAAUAAAAAAUCAUAUGUUACAGAUAUUAUUCUAAAAGUUGAAAAGUUAUUUAAUGAUUUAGAACCAGAGAAAAUUAAAGUCAUAGCUUUGUCAACUUCAACAAUAUCUUUAUUAAACUAUUCUAAAGAUGUACAAAGCACUUCAAUAGUCCAAUAUACUAAUGACAAAAGUAAUUAUGAUGAAAUUAAUAAUACAAAUGAAGAUGAUGAAGAUGAUAUUACAUUAUGGUCAUCGAUUUCAAAUAAUGAUUCAGAUAGAAAUUUAUCAGGUUUGGAAUCAGUUGACUUAGAUGAAUUGUUAGAUAGUCAAGAGUCUUUG